GGACAUCAAAAUCACACACCAUGUGAUCGGCGUUGACCAAUCAACUCUGAAAGCAGAGAAGGCGAUUCCACGCACAUUUCGUCAUUGCUUUUCUAACUUCGUGUGGAGAGAGACGUGAAAAAACUGCCGUCUUUUCGUCGAAAUUUGGUAAGAUUUGUGAGACUGCAUGCUCUGUUAUUUUCGUUUGAGUGUUCGAGGAAAUCUCGGCAAAUUUCUCGUCAAGUAUAACCCUUGUUGAGCUGACGAGCGGCGUGUUGUCGAACAUCGAAAAAAGACAAAAUCGUACUUCGUAGCACGAACCAUUCUGACGAGACUGCCUGCAGAAAAAAUGGAGUCAGUGCAGAAUUUUUUUGAUGAAGAGGGUCAUUUUGCUGUUGAUUUUGAUGUAUUUGACGAAAGUCAGAUUCAAGAUCAGCUUGGCAUUGAAUCACCAGUUGUCAGUGCUAAGUCUUGUCGGGCUGAUUUGAAUACGGUCACUCUCGCAAGCCUAAACACACACAGCACAGAUUCUGAGUAUUUGUUUGAUCUUGGUUUUGAAGGUGGAGAUUUCGACUGUGUUGUUGACUUAACAAGUGACACUAACUGUUCCAAAGUAAAGCAGGAAGAGUCCUUCCGCAGCCCGUCCCCGAUGUCGAUGACUGCAUCUCUGUCUGGGUCGGAGCCGUACAGCUCUCCUCGGCAAUCAGAAAUGGAUGAGACGGAUCAAGACUUGCUAGAGUAUCUCCUGGAAGACUCAAACAUCACCCACCAAGACGGAGAUGAUGACAAUGAAGACGGCACGACUGUGGCUAGUUCUAGCAUGUCUAGUAAUAACGUUAGAGAGUUGACCAGGUCUAAAACUUCAAUGCCAUUGACCCUCCGUAGAAACAGCAGCAGUAUCCUGGGAGUCGGCAACCAGAGUGGACCAUGGUGCAAAACCAAGAACAGAAACGGCAGCAAAAAUGCAAUUGCUGCUCGUGAGAAUCGUCAGAAGAAAAAGAUGUACCUCCAGACUCUGGAAGAUGCGAAUGAGCAACUCAACGAGGAGAAUUCCCGACUGAAGACGGAGUCAACCCAGGCGAAGAAGAAGAUCAGCUCAUUGGAAGGGGAGGUCCAGUAUCUCCGAAAGGUGCUGUUCAACCAGAGCUCUUUGGCCGGACUUCUGAAGAAGAUGAAUCAGAGUGAUGUUCGCCUCAGCUUCAACGCAGACGAAAGCCAGCAAGAUGAUGCCUCCUCCUCAAGUAGUGGCGGACUUUGUCUUCACGUGGAUGGCGAGGAUGCAUCCUUGAAGUUCUGUGCAAGCUGUGCCAGAAAGGAUCAUCCGUACAGCAACAAUCAUCCAUGAAGUUGACACAAACCUAAGGAUCUGUACACUAUGUAAAUAAUUGUGUACAAAUGUAAGUAUUGUCAGCUCUCUUUUUAGAUGAGGCUACAUUACAAUCUCCGGACGUGAGCUGUGAAAUCCAGAUGAUGACAACUGUAUCAGCAGGAGACAGUGAAGACAUCUUUCUGCAGUAUGCCUGUCGCAAAUUCUGAGGUCGAGAUCUAGGUUCCGGAGGCAAGAAGCUGAGGUGGAAGGAUCAGAAGAUGCUCCAGGGAAAAGACACAAAUGGAGGGACCAGCUGCCAGUAGUCCUUCAAAAAAUUAAUUCAGGGCCAGUUUAGUUGUCCAGAAAAUUGUAUGUACAUGUACAAUGUGCUAAAACUAAAAAUGUAAAAACUGUUUAAAACAAUUAUUCUGUUGUGAUUUUUGAUGUAAUGAAUGUGUAACAAUUUCAAUGAAUGGCACUUAACUGGUCCUGAAUUAAAUAAAUAUAUUUAGCUUUUUCUUUGACUGAAAAAAAAAAAACAUUUUCAUUGUAAAAGAGAAAAAAAUUGGGCCUGUGGUUUGGUAAAUGUGUAAAUUUGAAUUUUGACGUGUAAAAAAAAAGUUAAAUUCAUUGGAAUCUAUUUUCACCCAAUUUAUCAGAAAGCAAAAUACUGCAAAACUAUUUAUGCAGCCUCUAACAUACAGAGUUGAGUACAGUUGACUGGUACUUUAACUAUUUAAUCCUUAUUUUUACUGGGUAGCCCAUACAGUGGAAUGCACUGGACACCCAUGGGUCUCAGUAAAGAGAAAACAAUGUGAACAAGUUACUGUUUUAGACAUGGGAGGAAACCCCAGAAGAACAUUCUAGGGAAAACCCACGGAACCAGGCAGGGACUGAAAAUCGAAUCCACAUGUGGGCCCAGGCAGGAAUUGAACCCGGGUCACAGCGGUGGAAGGCGAGGAAAGUACCGCUACGCCAACCUGACUGCCCCAUCAGUUCAAUCUACAGUUCAGUGGUUUCAGAGUGACACUGUUGACUACAAAAUGGCCUUUGGAGAAUGGUUUGGAAUUUCAUCAAAGAUGGGAGCAUAAGCCAGCUCGUUGGGACGACAAGUUUUUGAAACUUGUGGGUUGAACCGAAAUGCUUUCUGGUAAGUUGAGUAAUUGCACAGUUGGUUUAUAAUUAGGCUGUGAAAACCCAAUGGAAGUGUGUGAAUUCCCUGGAUUGCACUGUUUCUAGCAGAUUUGAAACCUAUUAAUCUAACACGUUGAGUUCCUUGUCUUUUAUUUACAGGAAAGCAUCGACCUUUCGGUUGAUGGCUUUGUGUGAUCUUGCUCAUGUUGGCCUGCACCUUUUGCCAACUAAAAUAAAUAUUUGCUUGGAACUUGGUGAGAGAGAAACGUGCCUGUAAGAGGUGGAAGAUGAGGGUGUUCGUUCUCGGAAACUCUAAACCAUUACAUCUCUCUAAGACAAAGGUAGUAUUAUGUAAAGGUAAUGUAUAGAUGUCGUGUAAAUUGUGAUUUUGAUUUUGGCGUGUUUUUAAAGGGCUUCGAAUUGAACUGAAUAAUGCUGGUCUGGUCGUGUCGGUUCAAAUUAUAGAAAGUUUGAAAUGAAGUUGAUCAGUUUUAAUUUGGCUAUGUAUUUCAAAUUUGUUUUAAAAAAUGUCAUUGACAAAAUUUUGAAGUUUUUGGUUUUAUGAUUUUUCUCAAUUUUGCUGACAUUGUACAAAACAGAAUUCUGUAAAGUUACAGUUUCCAGCUUAUAAAAAAAGUUCAAUUCAUGCUUUAAAACCUUUGAGAACAAGUUUGUUACUGUUUAUGUUCUUGUUUAUGUGAGAUAGUUAAUCAGUAUAAAAUGUAAAUAGCAUGGAUUCUGAAUGAUUAAGGAUUGUUCUUGAAUCCAAAUAUGGAAACUGGGGCGUUGCAAGGACUUUUUAAUUCAUGGCUGAAUCCAUUGUCACUUCAAGAAACAAGAAGUGUAGUAAAUUCAUUGCUCUAAUUGUUUAUCUUCAAAGUGCAGGGUCUUUGACAAGUGCUCCUCCUGAUUCACAAAUCCUUGAUGAUUCAGAUCAAAAUAUUUGCUGUGUACCAUUGUAAUGGCUUAGUGGGAGCAAAUUUUCAGAGUAUUGGCCAAAAAGAGUUGUUUCUCAGUGUACAUGUACUUUUGAAUUAAAGAAUCGUCAGGCUUCACCCACACACAAAUUGGGGGGGGGGGGGGGUGAUAUUUAAUGUGUCCUUUUGUUUCUUUCACAGGUAACAGUCUUGACAUUUUCCAGGGAUUCUCAAGUGGAGUUUGAUGAUUUGUUCACUCAAGUAGCAAUGGACAUAAAUGUCUUGAAUGUCAGGGAUGAUACUCUAGGCUGAUAGUGAUAGCUAAAAAUUACCGAAAUUUGUUUGAGUGAAAAGAAACAAAAUUGGUUAACCAGCAUUCUGUUGAUAUAUUUUUGUGUUAUGCAUUUUGACGCAUAGCAUGCUCUUUGCUUGGGAUAAAUUUCAGUCAGACAUGGGAUAUUUUUUUGCCAUGUUAAUGUUUCUUAGAAUGCGUGAUGUGCUUGGUAAACGUUUGUUAUCAUAUGUGCAUUUUAAGUGUAUGUUAUACCUCAGAAUUGUACUCGUUCAAUUUCUCUGAGUAUUUCUGUUUCUUAAUUUACCAUCCGUAUUUUGGAUUGAUAAAAAAUACCACAGCACAUUCACAAUCGUCUGACAUACUAAUUUGUGUACCAAGUUUUUUCUAUAUUUCUCGCCAGGCUAGAGUAUCAUCCCUGAACUCCACUGAGGUGAAUUCAAAUUGACCCAUUUCUCGGCAGUGAGCAAGUGGUAUCGGAAGACCUGAAUGGUUCAUGGUGGCCAUCAUGGACUUCAGCUAAAUGGCAAAAUUGCGGCCGCAUCUGAAUUACUUAGCUGUGGCCAGUAGUAACAGGUGUCGUUAAGUGAGCUGGGUCGCUUCUAUAUGUGUGACGUCACUGCCAGUUCAUAGCCAAGUAAUUUGGAUGCAGCCUUUUAGUCAAGUCAGUUCUACAAAGCUGUUUUGACCUGUCAGUAGCAGAUUUGAGUUGCGUUGAGAAAGAGUGCAAACGAAUUUGCUUGAAAAGUGCUGCAGGUCAAUGUUAUCAUUGUCCACAACAUCGCGCUCAAGCGCAAGCAAGUAGAGGUGUUUGCAUUGAAUACUUUUUAAGAGGCUGAAAAAAUGGGUGAAUUUGCAAAUUUGCUGAUCUACACUGAACAAAUCAACAGCUCUAUUGACGAAAUUGCUUCCUUUUUUUUCCUACAUUUUUGUAUUGAAAAUUACUUGUACAUGUAUAGUAAUUUGAAUACAUGUACAAGUUUUGGAAAGUACUUAUGAAAAUUUGCUCCAACAUAAUUCCUUGCAUUACAAGUACUUGUGUUAAACCUCUUGUUUAAAAAAAAAUUGUGGGUACUACAUGUAUGAUGUAUAUAGGUGUAAAUAUUACAAAAGAAAUACUAUUGGAAGUUUAAAUAAAGAAUAUUUUAAGGUAGAA